AUGUCAUCCCAGCCAACAAACCAACCUCAAACAUAUGAAACCACACUCAGUCCUUACACACCAAGCAACACCAUGGCUCCUGGGUCUCCACCACCUCUGGGUUUCACGCACCCCACAAAACAAGCUCAGAGUGCCCAGCCUCCCUUCUUUGGGUCUCCAGGAAUCAUCACCAAGAGUCAGCAGGGCCAAGGAAACAUACAAAUGGUAAACCCAGCUACAGGAGCAGCAACCACAAACUUUAGAGAAGAAGCAAAGAUACUAGGGGCAAUCCAGAUCCUGAUUGGAUUGAUGCACAUUGGUUUCAGAAUUGUUUUAGGUUCAAUGGACGCCAUUUAUGGACUAGUUUUUGCAUUUCUUUCCUUUGCUUUUAUUAGCGGAUAUGCGAUCCGGGGUGGCAUCUCUAUUAGAGGCAGCCUAGGCAUGAAAAUGGUCAGUGCGAUCUUUGUCUCCACUGGAGUGACUCUGCUGCUGCUGGAUGCGGGUAUGAAUGGGAUCCUCAGCCAAGACUGCUGGGCAAUCCUUGCUGGGAAAGGAAUCUCAGCCCUGCUGAUCAUGUUCUCGGUCUUGGAGUUCUGCACAAAUUGUACUGUAGCCCAUUCUGCCAACGAAGCAAUCACCAAGACCAGCAGGCCUGUCCUGGUUAUUCCAAAUGUGUAUGCAACCAGUACCUUGGCACCAGAGUCUUCCUCAGCUCCUCCCAGAGACGAUGGCCACCUCGCUUAUGCCAUUUAA